UGUCAACUCCUCUUCUCCGCCUCGCACCACCAAUCUUUCUCUCUCAACUGCCAACACUCAACACCCACAAAACAAAAACAAACUCAAAUAAUAGAGAGACGUACAGAGAAAUGAAGCUAGUCUGGUCGCCGGAAUUAGCUUCAAAAGCCUACAUAGACACCGUCAAAUGGAAAUCAGAUGAGAAGUUGAAAGAAUCUGGCACGGCGGAGUUUCUCGCGGCGAUGGCGGCGGGUUGGAACGCGAAGUUGAUUGUGGAGGCGUGGUCGCACGGCGCACCAAUUGGCACAAGCAUCGGACUCGCGAUCGCUGCGCGUCAUACGUGCGGGAGACACGUGUGUGUGGUUCCAGAUGAACGGUCGAGGUUAGAGUACGUAAAAUCCAUGGCCGAAACGGAGGUUAUAGUCGGGGAGGCGGAGGAGGUGAUGGUGGCGUUGAAGGGGGUUAAUUUUGUUGUGGUGGAUUGUAGGAGGAAGGACUUCGCCAGGGUUUUGAGGGUGGCGAGGUUGAGUCAUGAAGGUGCAGUUUUGGCAUGUAUGAACGCGUUGCAGAGGAGUAAUACCUUUUCUGGGUUUAGAUGGCUCGAAGUGCUUGAGAAGGGGACACGUGUUGUGAGGUCUGUAUUUAUGCCAGUUGGGCAGGGGUUGGAUGUUGCUUAUGUAGGGAGUAAGGGUGGAACUAGGGGUUCUAAGAAGGAUCCCAGCCGUUGGAUUAAACAGAUUGAUCAAGAAUCCGGUGAGGAACAUAUCUUUCGAAGAUGAAGUUUGAGGGUGUGGAUUAUAUAUGUAGUCACUAGAUGUAAGAUGAUAAGGCUGUAUGAAUUAUGAUACGACCCUUGAUUACAUCUUAAUAUCUUAUAUGAAAGAGUGAGCUUGUAAGUAUAAUACAUAGCAUAACCUUGAGCGAUCAUCGAUGUAUGUAUGUAUAUGUUAAAUAUAAAUUAAUUAACAUUACACUUUCUU